AUGCUGCAGAGUGAGAGCUAUGAGACUCAGAAGAAUCGUAAUGUGCUAACGUAUUUAGAAAAGGAUACAUCUCGGGUUGUGAUGGACACAUAUGGAAGUGUUCAGAAUGGGGGCUACCGCUCUACUGUCUAUGGGGAUGAGGAUGAUGAGGACUUGUGUAUUAAUUCCAACAGUGGUUACAGCCCUGACUGCAGAGGGAAUUAUUUCAAUGAUGGGAUAACAAAGAUCGAUUUUGUGCUUGUUUGGGAAGUGAAAAAGAAAAAGUCAAAAAGGCAGAAAGUGAGGUCCACAUAUCAGGAAAUGGAAAGAGAAGAGAAAGAUAGCGCAAAAAUAAACUUGUUCAACAAACAUGAAAAAUGGAGAAACAAAUUUGUGAAGAAUUUACAGAAUGCAGGGCUCUUGAUGGAAAAGGAUACAACUGUCAGUGAGAAGAAGAGUAUUCAUUACCUGAAAGUGAGUGCCCCCUGGGAUGUGCUGGUGUAUUACGCUGAAGAGUUGUCACUGAGGGCUCCCCUGCAGGCACAGCCCAACCCCUGCAUGAAUAUGUCCGAGGCAAUUCUGGGAAAACUCAGUAUCCCCAACAUGAUGACUGAGUAUGUUCCCAACAGACCAGUGGAUUACUACACCUGCCCCUUUCGUAAAUCCAAACUGGACAAGUUUUUGGGAAGCAAAAAUCAUGAGUCAUACUUUACUAAUACACAGAGGCACCGAAUUGUUUAUGAAAUUCUAGCCACGACAGUGUAUGGGAAAAGGAAAAGAACACAAAUUGGGAUUGAUCGCUUACUAAAUGAAAACGUCUUUGCUUCUGCUUUCCCACUCCAUGAGGGCUCCUAUGAAUUACCAGACUAUGAUGUACCUCCAGAAAAUCUGAAUCCAAGGCAAAGUUUGUAUAAGUACUGGGCUCGUUGGUCAAAGUGGUAUAGAUAUCAACCACUUGAUCACAUCCGAGAGUACUUUGGAGAAAAGAUUGCUAUUUACUUUGCUUGGCUGGGUUUUUACACAACUUGGCUUCUCCCUGCUGCUAUAGUUGGGACAUUAGUUUUCAUCUCUGGGCUAAUGUCAAUGAACACAAGCAAGCCAGCAGAAGAGAUCUGUAAUAGCAGCAACCAAUAUCUCAUGUGCCCUCUCUGUGACACUUGUGACACCUGGAAUAUUUCAGAGAUCUGUUCCAUGGCUAAACUGGGUUACCUCUUUGACCAUCCUGGCACAGUCUUCUUCAGCAUCUUCAUGUCUUUCUGGGCAGUGACCUUCUUGGAGUACUGGAAACGGAAGAAUGCCACUCUGGCACAUCACUGGGAUUCCAUCAACUUUGAGGAAGAGGAGGAGCGUCCCAGACCUGAGUUUGCUGCAAGGGCACCAAUGAUGGAACAGAAUCCAGUCACUGGAAUCAAAGAGCCAUAUUUCCCUGAGAAAGACCGUCUGUCUCGAAUCAUCACAGGAUCGAUGGUUAUUAUAAUUAUGCUGUUUGUAGUGAUGAUUUUCCUGGUGACUGUGAUCAUGUACCGUGGGAUUAUCAGUGUGAUGAUGUACCACACAGGCAACGCUAUUCUAAUGACCCAGGCUGGAAACAUAGCAAAUAUCAGCAGCUCCUUGGUGAACCUUAUUCUCAUCCUGCUCAUGGGCCAGGUCUACACUUCGCUAGCAGAAAAACUCACCAGAUGGGAGAUGCACCGCACACAGACACAGUUUGAAGAUGCAUUAACCUUUAAAGUGUUUGUGUUCCAGUUUGUUAACUUCUACUCCUCCCCAUUCUAUGUGGCAUUUGUCAAAGGAAGGUUUGUGGGUUACCCAGGACACUAUGGAAAACUGUUUGGGAUGAGAAAUGAGGAUUGUGGCUCAGGAGGGUGUCUGAUUGAACUUGCUCAGCAACUUUUCAUAAUCAUGGUGGGGAAACAGAUAAUUGGCAAUAUUGAGGAGUUUGCCAUCCCGAAGCUAAAGGCCUGGAGGCAGAAACGAAAACUGGCCAUUGUCAGGGGCUCUCAGAUCUGUCAAGAGCCCAAGCGAUGGGAGGAUGACAAUGAACUCAUUCCGUCUGAAGGCCUCUUUGAUGAGUAUCUAGAAAUGGUCCUACAGUUUGGUUUCAUCACCAUCUUUGUAGCUGCCUUCCCACUGGCUCCUCUUUUUGCUUUACUUAACAACUGGGUGGAGAUUCGUCUAGAUGCUCAGAAGUUUGUGUGUGAAUACCGGAGGCCAGUGGCUGAGCGUGCUCAGGACAUCGGAGUCUGGUUCAAUAUCCUUGAAGCACUGGCUCAGCUCUCGGUCAUUAUUAAUGCCUUCCUGAUUGCAUUCACAUCUGAAUUCUUGCCCCGCCUGCUCUAUCAGUAUGAAUACAAUGUUCACAUGGAUGGAUACAUAAACUUUACAUUAGCAUAUGCUCCCAAUAGCUAUGUGCAAAGUAAUCAUACCACGUGCAGGUACAAAGCAUUCCGUGAUCCAGAUGGAAACCUCAUGCUGUUCUACUGGAAGCUGCUGGCUGUUCGACUUGGAUUCAUCAUUGCCUUUGAGCAUGUGGUGUUUUUUAUUCUCCGUAUUAUUGACUGGAUGGUGCCGGAUAUUCCAGAAUCCCUUGAAGUGAAAAUGAAACGGGAACGGUAUCUGGCGAAGCAGGCAUUAGCAGAUAACCAGGAUGUUUAUCUGUCGUGGCUGUCUCUCUUUAUCGUCCUGGGCAUGUCCAGGUCCUGGCUGGUGUGCCAUUCCUUCAUGUUCUCCUUGAUGCGUGAGCAAUGUCACCAGUUGACUGAACUUUUACUGUGGCUGGAUGGCAUAAAAUAUGCAACCUUUUGCCACGCGUCUUUAAACUUAUGA